GACACACACCGCGUGCUACCUUCGACCGAUACCCGCGUACCGAACGCUCGCGUCGCGCCAAACUUGUUCAAACUGAGUUUAUAGUUUGUUACAAACCUGUUCCCGCGAACGAAAAAAUUCAUCCAAUACGAUACAAGAUUCACUUCUAACCUUCCUAUAAUAUUAUCGUUCUAUCGUGCCUACGAACUUGACCGUGAAAACUCGACAGAAACUUUAAAAAGUUUUUUGACGUGUGUAAGCUCCGGUCAUGGUUGAACGAAGUUCUCAAUAAACCGGUCGUUGAGAGGCGCCGGUUCUUUUCAAAACUAGGGCUACAAAUGAGCUUCAAUGUUUAGAAGAGGACGUAAGACGCGUUACAUCCGCGUUAUCCUGAAAGCGGGGGCGUGGAAACGAGUGCCGAUGAAGUUGCUGAAGUGGGGGAGAAAGAUGCCUUCCACUAGACAAUACGAUCUGGUUCCGAACGAUGAGUAUGAUCCGAGGAUACCUCUACAUCCGGAUGAAGCAUUCAAUUAUGGAAUCACUUUCCAUGCUAAGUACAUUGGAACCAUGGACGUUCCGCGGCCGAGCAGUCGAGUUGAAAUUGUGGCUGCAAUGCGCCGCGUUCGAUAUGAAUUUAAAGCGAGGGGUGUGAAGAAGCGCAAAGUUACCGUGGACGUGUCGAUAGAUGGCGUGCGUGUCACCACGCGUACCAAGCACGCUAAGAAAAAGAAGGGUUCUUCGAAAUUCUUCAGCCGCAACAGGAAUGCUGCGAAUGAUUGCAUCGAGAUCAUGCACCACCCAAUCUACCGUAUCUUCUACGUCUCUCACGACAGUUCCGAUUUGAAGAUCUUCUCUUACAUCGCUAGAGAUGGUGCUACUAACGUUUUCAAGUGCAACGUUUUCAAGAGCAGCAGGAAGAGUCAAGCAAUGAGGAUCGUCCGCACUGUCGGCCAAGCAUUCGAAGUUUGUCACAAGAUGCAAUCAACUCCUGAACAUCCUGCACCUUCGACCUCAUCCGCAGCUGAUGAUGUCGUGCAGGUUGAACACAGCGCCGAAGUACCAGCCCCUAAAGAGCCGGUCUCAGAAUGUGGUGCUUCGGAGUCAUGUGCGGCUUCCACGUCUAAAGAGGAACCGAAGAACAAUCAGAACAGACCAAAGCAUUUGGAUCUUCUGCCCCCACCACCGAGGAAGGAAGGGAAACGUAUGUCACAGCACACGAAUACUGUUCCGAGCAUCAAUCUUCCGGAUUUGCCGGAAUGCGUGACCAAAGUAGAGAUGGCAAGCAUGCCGGAGGGAGAUUUGGCAACACCGCUCAGCGCCCAACAUCAAUUACAACUGCUGCGCGAGCGGCUUGAGCAACAAGCACAACAGACACAGGCAGCGGUCGCGCAACUGCUUCUGUUGCGUGAUCAGCUUGCCGCGGAGCAAGCAGCGCGUUGCGAGGCCCAAGCCCGUACUCAUCAAUUGUUGGUUCACAAUAAAGAACUAUUGGAGCAUAUUGCUGCACUCGUCGCACACUUGCAAGAAAAAGAGAAGGGUAAUGGAAAUAGUCAAUCAAUCAGUCGGCCAAUCAGCGCUCAGCAACUGACACUCUUGCCACAGUUGUCAUCGAGCGCAAAGAUCGACAGAUGGUUUUCACUGCUGCCAAAUGCACCGACUCUUUCCAGACCAGAGAGUGGUUUUGUGUCCGGAGUUGAAGACUGUGCGGAAACAGCGCUCGCUGAAGCCAAGAAUCUUCUGAUGCAGCUAGGAGUCAAGAAGAAACGUCGUCUGAUACCGCGCUUCACACGGAGGAAGAUCUUAGUUAAUAAACAUACGUUGCUCUAAUGAUUGCGAGUGAGAUAGUUCGAAACUGUUUAACAUAUAUUUUAAUAUAAUAAUAACGAUAAUUCAAUAAGUAAAUCGGUUGUAAUUCUGAUUAAUCGAUAAUGUUAUUCAUUCAUUCAUUUCUUCGAAUACUAACUAACAGUAUAUUUUAGUUUAUCUUGUUGUCUAGAAACUUCGGAUAUUCUCUUUAAGCUCCGAUGUAUGACUUUAAUUAAGAAGAGGAUCUGGAAGUGUAAUAUUUAUAAGCAAUUUGAAUAAAGACAGAGGCAAGUUAUAAAAAACCGUUUUCCUUAAGUAUAAAAGAAACUGGGUGGAUUUUGUUCCAGUUACAUACAAAUCGUCUCGUUUGUCUAUCACGGCUAAGGCAACGGCACGUGAAGUCCAGGGUCCAAAAAAUCACAUUAACAUUCCUAAGUUUCGUCUGGAGUUACGACAUGACGAUGCGGAAGUCUUUCGCCUAACCCCACACAGUUAAGGAAAAAAGAAUGGGCCUGUGUAGCCUGUGGGCACAAAGCUGUGCAUUUUAAAUAACAUAUAAAAUUGGCUCGUCUCCGAUGACAAUGGCCGUGGUGGCUGGAAUUCGGUCACGAAGUCUUCCAAAACGAAUCGCCUUGUAACCAAAACGUGCGAACAAAUUCACGAUUCAUUAUAAACAAACCGAUACAAAUAAAUCAAAUCAAAAUUGCACAGUCAUAAAAUUAACUUCUAGAAUUAAUGCUUACAUAAUUUAAUACGAUCAGACACAUCUAGGCCGUUUAUAUUCAACCACAUUUUAUUAGACAGUGAUUCGCUAUAUUAUAAAAAAAUACAUCAGAAUUUAAUUGUAAUCGUUUACUUUUUGUUGUUUAUCGGAUUUAAUAUAAUUUGGGUGAUUAAAUGUUCAAGGUCAAAAAGCAAUGUUAAUUUUUAACGCUUGAUAAACGAUUUUUAUACUUGAACGAUCAAUGAAGCAGUUUGGCGUCCAAUCCAAUUAGGUAAACCUAUUCUACAAGAACAAACUCGAACCUCAAGAUCGUGAAGUAUCAGAAAUUAUACUGAUACACAGAAUUGUUAUAACAUAUGUAAAAAAUUAGCGUAUCGUCAUAAGUUGGUUUACAACAUUUCACGAGUGAGAUACGAAAGGUGGGAAAGGUAUUCUGUAAGACGAAACUCGAAACACCGCAGAACGCGAGUGUAGAUAUAGGACACACGUAUCAAAAUGACGAAUCAUUGUAUUAUAAGUCGGUUGUCAACAUUUCACGAGUGAGAUACGAAGUAAAUUUUUAGAGAAUCAGGUAAUCAGGAAGUCAGGAACUACUAUAGGUUUCAAGGCAUUUCUCUUGUGAACAUAUAUCUCACCCGUACUUUGAAGAGAACGAAAAUAUCAAUUUCAUUACGGAAAUAAAAACGUGCUACUAUUUUAACUGUAGUUAUUAAAACUAUGCUCAUCGAUGUUAUGACAUUUUGAGCGAUGAUUAAAAGACUUCGACAAUUCUUGAAAGAAUGGAAAGAACUAGAUGAUAGAUGUUCUAUGACGUAUUGUCGAACGUUUCGAUACAAUUCUUAGCGUAUGCCUAGAGCAAUUAUCUUACAAAUAUUUUAUACUAGUUUAAAUAUAAUAAUAAAGUAUUACUUUAAUGAUAUAACAAUCAUUAUGAUUACUAAACUAUGCUAUGAGUCAUAAAAUUAAUAAAUAACACAACUAAUUGUUACACUCCGAAGUAAUACAAUUUAAUGACAUUUUUGACUUUACAAUUAGCAUCAUUAAAUUUUAUAGGGAGUAUUUUAACGUGUAUUAAGUAUUGUAUUCCAUAAUACCUAUUGUGCGUAUUGUACUUACAAUAAACAUAACAUUCCCUUACAUUAUUUUAUUAAACGUUCACAAAGUUUAUUCACUCUUGAUUUAAUAUUCCACAUCAUUAAGUAUUAUUAUAGAUGAUAAAAAUUAAGUUAAAUUUUGACAUGUUAUAAAUUUAGAUUAAUUAUAAUAUAAGUUAAUUAUAUAAUAUUCGAAUAAUAAACAUUUGAAAUGAAUUACGUGGACCGUGAGAACAAAAUGCAUUUGUAGAUUUAUAUUAUUGAAUAAAAUAAUAAGACUACUUUAAGAUAUAUACUUUAGCAUACAGCGACCAAAUAUUUUAAAAGAAAUUGUCAAAUCUAAUUACCUACUCGUACAUCUAAUACUGACUUACUGCUAAGAUUAGCUAGAUAAGAAAGUAGAAUAGGAUGGUCACGAAGCUGGCAAUCGCUGCGUUAUUUUUCCAAUAUUUAUACUAACCACUUAUGUCCCAAAGGCCAAAAUCACCCAGUGGAGCUUACAUGAAUCUUAAACGAGUAUUGCGGGUGAAAGUCCGUUAACAACAUAAUUUUUUUCUGUUCUUAUAUUGUGUAUAAUCGAACAAAAACCAUUGUGAAACUUACCUGUGUCGGAUGAUAUUCUGCCACAUGUAUGUAUACCUAUCAAACCUCAUUCGAGCAACUUGGCAGAAUAAGUUCAGCCCUGAGCUUGUCGAACAGUGGCAGAGCAGUAAAUUGUUACUUUUUAUUAGAACCAUGGUGAAUAAUAAUAACGUAAAGCGUUAGUAAUCUUUUCACUUUAAACAAACCAACUUUAUACUAAUAUUUGUAAUAACUAACUAAUAUUUUAGAAUAUUUUUAAUAAUGUUUCGCGUGUGAUCGAUUUAUUAAAUAAACAGUGCCAUAUUUCAUUUUUAUUAAAAAUCGGUGCUGAAACGUUUGAUUUUCAUAAUGGCUAAGCAAUAUUUACAAUAGAUACUAUACCUCAUUACAAUAAUAGACCACAGACAAUUCAAUUAAUAAAUUUAAUUUGUAAUUUUUGUGACAGAUAUUUUUAAGCUGUAUUAAAAAGUGCUCAUUGGUUCACAUAUAAAUUAAGGAAUCUCCUAUUCGUAGAUCUCAAUGAAGCUAAAAUUUACAGUCACAAUAUUUUAAUUCUACAUUCGUCUAUAUUUUAUAAUAAGGUUAAUUGUAGAAACAUAUCAUUCGUACGUAAAACAAAAAAAUAAAUGAUUUUUAAUUCUCCGAGAAAACAUUAACCGUUUGUUUCUACAUUAAAUAUAAAAUCGCGUUAAGUUAUUUUAAAUCGAGUGAUCGUUUGAUUUGACUGAUUAUUAUUAUAUUGAUAUUUUUGUGUUCUUUGAUAUUAUGUAAGAAUGUAGCACGAUAGAAAUAAAUAUAUUGAUUCGGA